CCUCAGGUGAGGCCGCCUGGCCUAGCAGGCCCCACGCCACCGCCGCCACCGCCUCUGCCUCCCCGGCCGCCCGCUGCGGGGCCACCAUGCCGCUGCCCCGGCCUGGAGACUGACCCUCAACCGCACCAUCUCCAGGCUCUUCCCCCACCUGCUGGACCCCAGGGCCCUGCCUCCCUGUUCAUCUCCCCACAGGUCCCACCCUGGCCCAGGAGGUCAGCCGGGGAAUCAUUAACAAGAGGCUGUGACAUGGCUGAGAAGGAGGGUGGCCGGACUGUACCAUGCUGCUCCGGACCCAAGGUGGCAGCUCUCAUUGUGGGGACCCUCCUCCUCCUGACGGGCAUCGGGGCAGCGUCCUGGGCCAUCGCGACUCUUCUACUCAGGAGUGACCAGGAGCCGCUGUAUCCGGUACAGGCCAGCCCUGUGGACGCCCGGCUCACGGUGUUUGACCAGACGGAGGGGACCUGGCGGCUGCUGUGCUCCUCGCGUUCCAACGCCAGGGUGGCAGGGCUCGGCUGCGAGGAGAUGGGCUUCCUCAGGGCCCUGGCCCACUCGGAGCUGGACGUGCGGACGGCAGGCGCCAACGGCACGUCGGGCUUCUUCUGCGUGGACGAGGGCAGGCUGCCCCACGCCCGGAGGCUGCUGGACGUCAUCUCCGUGUGUGACUGUCCCCGGGGCCGGUUUUUGGCUACCAUGUGCCAAGACUGUGGCCGCAGGAAGCUGCCCGUGGACCGCAUUGUGGGAGGCCAGGACACCAGCCUGGGCAGGUGGCCCUGGCAAGUCAGUCUGCGCUAUGACGGUGCACACCUCUGCGGUGGGUCCCUGCUCUCCGGGGACUGGGUGUUGACAGCUGCCCACUGCUUCCCAGAGCGGAACCGGGUCCUGUCUCGAUGGCGGGUCUUUGCCGGUGCUGUGGCCCAGGCCUCGCCCCAGGGCAUGCAGCUGGGGGUGCAGGCCGUGGUCUACCACGGGGGCUACCUUCCUUUUCGAGACCCCAACAGUGAGGAGAACAGCAAUGAUAUCGCCCUGGUCCACCUGUCCAGCCCCCUGCCCCUCACAGAAUACAUCCAGCCCGUGUGUCUCCCGGCCGCUGACCAGGCCCUGGUGGACGGCAAGAUCUGCACUGUGACGGGCUGGGGCAACACGCAGUACUAUGGCCAGCAGGCCCGGGUGCUCCAGGAGGCCCGAGUGCCCAUCAUCAGCACGGAUGUCUGCAACGGCCCCGACUUCUACGGGAACCAGAUCAAGCCCAAGAUGUUCUGUGCCGGCUACCCCGAGGGUGGCAUCGACGCCUGCCAGGGUGACAGUGGUGGUCCCUUUGUGUGUGAGGACAGCAUCUCUCGGACGCCACGUUGGCGGCUCUGUGGCAUCGUGAGCUGGGGCACUGGCUGUGCCUUGGCCCAGAAGCCAGGUGUCUACACCAAAGUCAGUGACUUCCGGGAGUGGAUCUUCCAGGCCAUAAAGCACACCUGUCCGGGGCCCGAGGUUGGGUGGCUUCAGCUCCACACGACAGGAUCCACGCUGAGCCCAGGAGGGAACGCUCUUCCUCUUGAACCAGUCCACAGGCCCAGGGACGCCCUCCUCCAAGGUCCUGUCUUCCACAGUGGGGGGCUCACUCUGCCUCGGACCAUCCAAGCCUCACCCUCCCGACCCUUGUAAAUAUUGUUCUGCCCUCUGGGGGCUCCUGUCUGGAGGCCCCUGAGGACAGGAUGCUGUUUAAAUAAUAAAGAUGGUUUUGAUUAA